AUGUCACUUGUUCAGCUAAGGAUCUGUGCGAGUGCAGUCACAGCCUUUGGUGGUGUGGCCGUACUGUACGCUGCUGCUGUGCUAUUUAUUGCUGGUGUGAUGGGUGCAGAUCCGCCGCCAGAUGUUGCGACAGCGCUGUAUUGGAUGAACCGCACGCAGCAGCUGCCACCGCAGCAGUGGUAUGGCACGACACACCGCACGGAGGAAGGCAAACUUGUUCCGCCGUUUCGCGCUGCGACGCUGUGGGCUGCUACGCUCCUGAGCGCCGUGGAGGAGGUUGUCCAGCCUGGGCUGCAGCUGUUGCAGCCGACCGUUGUGUUCAGUCUUAUUGUAUGUAUUGUAGUUUUGUUUCCAGCGGCGUGGUUCUGGAGUCGUGAGGUCGCAGCCCUGCUGCUAAUGGGACUGAACGAUACCCCUAACGGAAGAAAGAAUAAGGAGAAGGAAAAGGAGAGAGAAAAGCAGAAUCUGCAAGCGCAGCUUACAGUGGUGGGUGCUGUGUCACUUCUUCUUCUUCUGCUACCCGCUGUUGCUUCUGAGGCAGGCUUGCUGCGGCCCAUGGGACUAGGCUGUGCACUCUGUGUGUGGUCUUUUUAUUUCGUGGUGCGAAACGAGGUGGUGCUACACACCCGCCAGUGUUCGAGCAGUCCUUCUGCCAAUGACAAGAAUGAAAGGGAUACGUGGGAGUUCGACUUCUCACAUACAGUGAUAGAAGAUGGCGCCAUGCGCUGUCACCCUGCGCGGCGGCUGCCGACCCAGCUGUACCUGUUGCUUUUCUCUCUGCUGUGGUGCGUGACGUGUGCGAUGGAGCCACACUUUGUGUACUUGGCAGUUGCUGCUGCGCUGUGGGCCGUCACUGCGUGUUACCAGCAGGCCUUCCGCCGUGUUGUUGUGAUGGUUCAAGUCCCGCUGCCGUCAACUGCGCGGCAGCAAGCGAAGGAGGCAGGAAAGGUGAUGCGGCGUGCCGGCGUGUCCUGUUACAGGGACCUCAAUCUCCUGUCGUGGACGUUUUUGAAGCUAGUGUUGGCUUUCGGUGCAGUUGUGGCUGCAUCAUUGGUGCCAUUCUCCUCCAGCGCAUCAUCAGCCGUCUCUCUUGUGUACACAUUCGUGCCGCCAUCCGUGGCAUUUUCAGCAGUAAGACCUGCAGAGAUAAAUGUUUCUUCCUCCUCCGCAUCCUCGUCUUCGUUGCCGGUGCUGUCGUUUCCUACUCCUUCUGUGAGUGGUGGUGCGGAGGCGGGCGAUGCCCGAUGUAGCUCCUUCGCCAGUGUCAAGAUGAAUGCCACGUGCCCGGCACCGACUGCAAACUUCUGGUUCAUCACGGAGUACGCCGGGGUGGCGCCGUGGACGUGGCUUUUCCACGCCGCAGUGUCGCUCUACACAACGUUCACAGGGCCAAGGUCGGUGAGCGCUGCACAGACACUCUUCGACAACGUGGCCCUCAUGUGCGUCACCUUUCUCCACGCCGUGCCUCUGGUGGCGUUCGUGACGUACCGACUGCAGAAACCGCCGCUCGUGUUUGACUCCCCAUUGGAGCAGAAGUGUGCUGUCGAACGUGAGCGGCGGCGCGCCGCCACCAGUGGCGCAUCAACAAAAGGAUCUACGCACAAUGUGAGUGGCAAUGCCCGAGCUGACACUGUCACAUGUCUUUCCCGAAGUGAGUAUGUGCUUAAACAGGCUAUGAUCUGCUGCUGGUUUUUCAUAUUUAGCGGCAUCGUUAGUGUUCUGUUCGGUGUGCAGCGUGACAGUCGGGCGUCGCCAUACCUCGUGGCGCUCUUGGCGCCGGUUAGUUGUCUUAUCAGUGUGGCGGUGAGCGUCGCGGUUGCGCAGCGUGCCCAUCCGGAGUCAUUCAUGGACAUGGCAGCAGCGUCGCUGCAGCAGCAGCAGCGUGUGAGGGGCACACAUCUCGGCAAGGCAGGUGACGUGUGGUGCUUGGCGGCGGUUGUGGCGGCGGUGCUGAUUGCCAGCACCGCGUCCAUUCUGCCGUACACGAACGAAGUACUGUGGGUGAUGCUGCAGGUGGAAUGCAGCCUCGUUGCCGUGGUGGCGGUGAGGGUGUGGCGUGGCUCCUGGUACUCCGCUGCAUGCACGACGGCUCUGAGCCUUGCUCUCUGCGGUGGGAGGCUUCUUUCGCUGCGUGAAGCAGAUGUCCACGACGCGAUGCGCGGGUCCAUGUUUGCCGCGUCUUUGCUUGUCGGCGCUGCCGUGUACGCCGCGGCCCGUGUAGUGGAGCUUGUUCUGGAGGCGGAGAGUGUCGCUUUGAUGAUGGAAUAG